GAAGCCGGAUAUGACGCAAUGGAAAGGGCGUUUCUUCGCGGUGCGAACAUUUUGGUUUUAAUGGCGUCUCAGUGUUGUCCAAAUGGCAGUGGCUUCUUCAGUCAGACUAAGAGUCAUCCUUGGAGAAGACAACUGUCAGCAGUCAUAUUGUCAACUCCUGCAUCUACGUCAGGGGCAUCGUCCGAGUCCUCACUUGAGUCUCCCUCAGAGUCAGCAAGCAGCUUGAAAUCUUCUCAAUGGCCCUCUGUCUUUGAUGUCUACUGUCCGUCAUUUCCAAGUGGCGAAACUGCUGAGAGUCUUGAGAGAGUAAGAGUGACCCUUCUUUCAGAAGUUAAAAAGAAGGACAAUGAGCAGACAUUGAAAGUGCUAAUGGACAAGACCUUCGCACUGAGAAGGCAUGAAGUUAUCCAUGAAUCGCCUCUUAUUGCAGACUUCAAAACAAGAUGGCCUGCUCUUUUUAGAACAAAAGAGGUAAGCGCUGAAUUCGAGCGGAUUACAACAGUCCAUCUGCUGUCACGGUUCUUUUCCAAGUUGGAUCUUCACUCUGCAAAACUUCUCAAAGUGUUUGCCAAAAGAGGAGGAGUCCAAGGAAGAAAGAUAAUGCAGCUUGUGACGGCCAUGGCACAGAGUGACAACGUUGAAGUUAAAAGAGAAUCAGUUCUCAGAGCUCUGUGUCUCUACUUGAUUGAAGAACCGGAUGAUCUCAUUCGUGAAUAUAUGGUUUCUGAUGUGGCCGCUAUUCAGCAGGGAAUUGACGGGACUGUCUUGGGCAUCUAUACAACCAGAGUCGAGGGAGCUGAAGUCAUGGACCAUCCUGCGGAUGUUGGAGUGGUAAUCGAAGGUGUUGUGGUUCUGGAAGACCUUGCCAGUGUGUCUCUUGCCAUUGCAUUGUUGCUUGGAUUAAUUUAUGCCUUUAACUUGAGUUACCCUCCCAAAUUCAGAUAUACAUUUGAGGUAAUCCAGAAACUUUUUCUGGACCUAGAUGCUAACAAACUGUCACACAAAGUUCAGGCUCUGAAAACCAAGCUCUUCAGUGAGUUGGAGUCGGGUUAA